AUGAGCACCAUGACAGGUAGAUUGAACCUUUUGGAGACGCAGAAUAGUGGGAAACUCCCUUCUCAACCUAUUACUCCUAGAGAAAUUGUUAAUGCUAUGACAUUGAGAAUUGGUAACCGGAAGAUGCUGAGAAAAGCAAAGAUCCCAAGGUUCGAUAAUGCUAAAAAAGUGGAACAAGACAAGGAGAUAUUAGAUAUAUUAAAAAACAUUCAUGUGAAUAUCCCGCUGAUAGAUGCAAUUAGGCAGGUUCCUAAGUACGCAAGAGUUUUAAAAUACCCAUGCACCAAGAAGAAACGACUAACCGGUAAUGAGGUUAUGAGUGUGGGGGAAAACGUUUCUGCUAUCCUCCAAAAGAAUCUUCCACCUAAAUGCAAGGACCCCGGUAGUUACGAUAUACCUGUUGUGUUUGGUAAUAAAAGGUUUGGAAAAGCCAUGCUUGAUUUAGGAGCAUCGGUUAAUGUUAUGCCCGCAUCUAUUUAUGAGUCUUUGAAUUUGGGUUCUUUGAAAGAAACCCGUAUUGUUCUUGAACUAGAUGAUCGUACUAAUGUUUACCCUAGAGGUAUUAUUGAAGAUGUGCUUGUGCAGGUGAAUCAACUCGUAUUUCCAGCUGAUUUCUGUGUAUUGGAAAUGGAUAGCUGGUCUGAUGCAUCUAUACCGCUGUUAUUGGGGAGGCCUUUCAUGAAAACGGUCAAAACCGUUAUUGAUGUUGACAAAGGAACGCUCACUAUAGAAUUUGAUGAUGAAAAGAUCCGCUUCAAUAUUUUUGGAGCAAUGCGGUAUCCUAGAGAUUUUCAUUCGGAUAUUCAUGCUAAUGUCUUAGACGCAGGCUAA